AUGCCCGCUGACUCGCCCGUUGUUGCCCAGCCCGGCGCCCAGAAGGCCAUGACCCCCGCCAACGCCGAGCCUGCCCCGCUCGCCCCCGCCCCGGCCAAGCAGUCCCUCCUCCGCCUCCGCGGCGGUAUCGGCCCCUGCUGCGCCAUCAUUGACGGCUGUCUCUGCUGCUGUGCCCUCGAGGAGUGCUGCUGCUGUGGCCUCGCCGAGCUCUGCUAA